CUGCAUUCAGCGGAGGUGGAGCAGAGGAACCUGAGACUGGAGCUCACACACACACACACCGGCAGAGACACACACACCGCGUGUGCCCCCCGCCAGCAGCUGGAGCGAGUGUGUGAGGAGCUCAGCUGUGCCCUCCAGAGGGAGCUGCGCGCUCAGGCUCUCCUGCACGACCAGGCCUCUCAGCUGCAGCAACUGGGCCUCAGCAUGGAGCUGCACACGGGGGACGAGCUGGAGAAGGACCGCACGCUCGCACAGGCUGUGCAGAGUUUGUCGGACGCUAAGCUGGAGCUGAGGAGGAAGCAUCAGUCGCUGCGCUCACUGGGGAAACAGCUCAGCCAAUCACAGCAGGAGAACCAGGAGCUGCAGCGCAACAUCAUCAGCGCAGAGAACUCACUGCACACCGCAGCAAAGUUGUUUUGUGUUUGCAGGAAUAAAGAGUCUCUAAUGAGCUACAUGAAGUGUGUGGAGGAGCGUCUGAAAGAGGCAGGAACACACACACACACACACACACACACACAUACACACACACACGUUUGA